AUGAGUACACUCACGAGCUGUAGUUUUACGAGCACACUGAAUUUAGGGUUCCGUUUAAGACCUAAUCGUAUCGAUUUAGCGGAGCGAUUUCGACUUUACAACAGGAGGAAUGAUGGGACCAUCAAGAACAGCUAUAUUUUGUCUAGUAGAGAGCUAUUAUCGAAAAAGAGGCGGCGAAUUAUAGGUUUAGAUAGUGAUAACAAGAGGUUUAUUGGAGGAUUUGAGUGUUCAGCUAGUGGUCGUGAUAAUAAUAAUGGCAACAGUGGCAAUGGAGGAGAUGACGACGAUAUGUCUAAGGAUUCAAAUUUGGCAACGAUUUCGCCGGAGGAGACUACUGUCGGUGGCGAGGCUGAUUCCGAUAAGAAGCCCGUGCCUCCUCCGCCUACACCUAUUUCGUCCAGGCCACCGACAAUUUCUCCAAUUUCAUCAUCAUAUACCAACUUUCAAGUCGACUCUUUUAAGCUCAUGGAACUUCUAGGACCCGAAAAAGUCGAUCCUUCUGAUGUAAAGCUCAUAAAGGACACACUUUUUGGGUAUUCAACCUUUUGGGUAACAAAAGAGGAGCCAUUUGGAGACUUAGGUGAAGGUAUCCUCUUUCUUGGAAAUCUUAGGGGCAAUAGAGAAGAAGUUUUCACCAAACUCCAAACUCAAUUAUCCGAAAUCAUGGGAGAUAAAUACAACCUAUUCAUGGUAGAAGAACCCAACUCAGAAGACCCCGACCCACGCGGUGGGCCCCGCGUUAGCUUCGGUAUGCUAAGAAAAGAAGUCUCCGAACCCGGGCCCACAACCCUUUGGCAAUAUGUUAUUGCUCUCUUGUUGUUUGUUCUCACCAUUGGUUCUUCUGUUGAGCUAGGAAUCGCCUCUCAGAUAAAUCGACUUCCUCCUGAAGUGGUUAAGUACUUUACAGAUCCAGAUGCCAUUGAGCCACCAGAUAUGCAACUUCUUUACCCUUUUGUGGAAGCCGCUUUGCCACUUGCAUAUGGUGUUUUGGGUGUUCAGUUAUUUCAUGAAGUUGGACAUUUUCUUGCAGCAUUCCCAAAGAAAGUGAAAUUAAGCAUUCCAUUUUUCAUUCCAAAUAUCACCCUUGGAAGCUUUGGAGCAAUCACUCAGUUUAAAUCGAUUCUCCCUGAUAAAAAGACGAAAGUGGACAUAUCUUUAGCGGGCCCGUUUGCAGGUGCUGCAUUAUCACUUUCAAUGUUUGGUGUUGGGCUUUUGCUUUCAUUAAAACCAGAUGCUGCUGGAGAUAUGGUUCAAGUUCCUAGCAUGCUUUUUCAAGGCUCUUUGCUUCUUGGGCUUAUAAGUAGAGCCACAUUAGGUUAUGCGGCGAUGCAUGGGGCCACGGUUUCAAUCCAUCCUCUUGUAAUUGCUGGCUGGUGUGGUUUGACUACUUCGGCUUUGAAUUUGCUUCCGGUUGGAUGCCUUGAUGGCGGAAGAAUGGUUCAGGGUGCUUUUGGGAAAGAAGCACUUGUUGGAUUUGGUUUAACAACUUACUCGUUACUCGGGUUUGGAGUGCUUGGUGGGCCCUUGUCGCUUCCAUGGGGAUUGUAUGUACUAAUUUGCCAGAGGUCGCCGGAAAAACCUUGCCUGAAUGAUGUGACGGAGGUGGGGACAUGGAGGAGAACGGUGGUGACAGUGGCCAUAUUUCUAGUUGUUUUGAUACUUCUUCCCGUAUGGGAUGAGUUAGCAGAAGAGUUGGGCAUUGGUCUUGUAACCACUUUUUGAACAAUAAAACAUAUAUAAUCACAAAUCAUUAUAACACAAAUUACAAAUCCAAAAUUUAAAUUUAAUCCCCUAUGUUUAAUUGUUUAUUUCAUCGAUACUUAUUACACUUGAUCAACAAAAGGCAAAACAACAUUAUUUGGUUUCAAACAUUGUAUUGUAAUAUUUUGGGUAGCGUUUGUAUAUAAUCGGAUAGUAGAAUGAAUAAAAUUAAGGAUUAUAG